AUUUUAUUUUUCUUCCCUUCUACAACAUCCUUUACAUCAAUAACUAUCUAACGAUAUGGCCGUCACUCACUCAAAUGGUAUCAAUGGCAUCGGGAAACCAUCGAAACCCAUGCUGUGGACUCAUCCGGACCCAGACUCGACUCGGAUGGCCGAGUUCAUGCGUGGGGUGAACAGCAAGUACCAAUUGAGCCUGAAAACAUACGAAGACUUAUAUCGCUGGUCGAUUGGCAACAUCGCCGAGUUCUGGGGAGACGUUUGGGACUUCACGGGCAUUACUGCUGAGCAGCCAUACGACGAGGUCAUUCCUAAAAACGCAGAAAUCUUCCCAAGGCCAGAUUUCUUCACUGGCUCGCGGUUAAACUUCGCUGAGAAUCUUCUUUACCCGACGAACCUUGCCAUCGACGAAAACUCCCCUGCCAUCAUCGAGGCUACGGAGAAAGGCCAAUCUUCAAUCACUUGGGCUGAACUUCGUGGGAGAGUUCGUCAAUGUACACUCGCUCUAAAAUCUCAAGGCGUCGUUGAGUCCGAUAGAGUUGCUGGAUUCCUCGGAAAUCAUGCCAACGCCGUCAUCGCUAUGCUGGCUACAGCUUCCAUUGGAGCAAUCUGGACAGGUGUCAGUCCGGAAACAGGUGUGACUGCGGUAUUGGAGAGAUUGGUCCAGAUUGAGCCGAAAGUUCUGUUCGUUGAUAAUGCUGUUGGCUAUAACGGAAAGGUUCAUGGAAGUUAUGCCAAGGUGAAGGAUAUCUUGGAAGGCCUGAAUGGUUUGAAAGCUUGUGUGAUGUUUGAAACUGUGAAAGGAUAUGAGAUGAAGACUGAUGGUCUGAGUCUCCCACGUGGGAAGGCAUGGAAAUAUGAAGAUUUUAUAGAAAGCGUCAAAAACCUCUCAGCACCACUCGAGUUCAACCAGCUUCCCGCAUCUCAUCCCUUGUAUGUCUUGUAUUCCAGCGGCACAACCGGGGCACCAAAAUGCAUCGUCCACUCGGCGGCCGGUACAUUGAUCCAACACAAAAAAGAGCACAUACUACACUGUGACAUCCGACAGGGUGAUCGAAUGCUCUACUUCACAACCACAACCUGGAUGAUGUGGCACUGGCUCAUCUCCUCCCUCGCCUCCGGCGCAACUAUAGUCCUCUACGACGGCUCUCCAUUCCACCCCCAUGGCCCCUUAUCCAUGCCUCGCUUAAUCCAAGACCUGAAAAUUACACACUUCGGCACCUCCGCCAAAUACCUCUCCAUCCUCGAACAAAAAGGCAUCAAGCCCAUGACCGGCGACAACGCACUAGAUCUCAGCUCCCUCAAAGCUAUUUACUCGACCGGCUCACCCCUCGCACCAUCAACAUUCAACUACGUAUACGAAGCUUUCCCACGUUCUACAAACCUCGGUUCCAUCACCGGCGGCACAGACAUCAUCUCUCUCUUCGGUGCGCCUUGUCCACUAGUCCCAGUCUACAGCGGCGAAAUCCAAUGUUCCGGCCUCGGCAUGGCCAUCGAAGCGUGGUCCCCCGACGGAACCUCCGUCCCCGAUGGCACAGAAGGCGAUCUAGUCUGCACCGUCCCCUUCCCCUGCCAGCCUGUUACUUUCUUCCACCUCACCUCCCCCACUACCGGCCAAGAUAAAUACCGAGCAGCGUAUUUCGAACAAUUCCCUGGCGUAUGGCACCAUGGGGAUUUCGUUCGGUUUGAGACCGGUACGCGUGGGUUGACAAUGCUGGGACGCAGUGAUGGGAUUUUGAAACCGAGUGGUGUGCGGUUUGGGAGUGCAGAGAUUUAUAAUGUUUUGCUGAAACAUUUUGCAAGGGAGGUGGCGGAUGCGAUUUGUGUUGGGAGGAGAAGAGAGGGUGAUGAUGAUGAGGUGGUGGUGUUGUUUUUGAAGAUGGGUGAGGGACAAGCUUGUGAUGAGAAGAUUAAGGAUAGUGUUAGAGCUGUGAUAAGGAAGGAGUUGAGUGCGAGGCAUGUGCCGGGUGUUAUUGAUGAGUGUUUUGAUAUUCCGAUUACGGGGAAUGGGAAGAAGGUUGAGAUUGCUGUUAAGCAGAUUCUUUGUGGGAUGAAUAUCAAGGUCGGUGCUAGUGUGGCAAACCAGGGGUGUUUGGAGUGGUAUCGAGAGUGGGCUGCCACUCAUUAAUCGGAGUAGGUGUUCAAAAGAUGAGGAUAAAGAAAAUAGACGGCAGAGAUGGCUCACAGCCAGAGAAAACGGAAGAUUGGGAUAUGUUUAUCGCAGACAGAACGUAGCCAACAUUACGGAAUCCAGUAAUCACUUUUCAAUCAACAAAACAGGACCAAAAUUCAAACUUUCAGAAGUCCCUACCGCAACUCACUCUUCCCCUCCUCCACAUACGGCAACUUCUCAAACAGCGCCUCCCCAAUCCUCUUAACUCACAUCCACGGCUCAAUCACCACAUCCUCACUCUGCCCCGCAUCCCAAUACUCCCAGCCACUCACGCCCCCAAAAC